AUCUCUCCCGUCCGUAGUCCCCUCAGGGCGACGACCAUGUCUGACACGCCACCAGACAUAGUGGCGAGUCCGCCAAACACUGGCCUGCUCCCGUCAAAAGCAUGGCAGCAUUUUGUCGCCGGAGGCCUUGGCGGAAUGUGCGGGGCCAUCGUUACGAGCCCAUUUGAUGUAGUCAAGACGCGAUUACAGUCCGACAUGUUCAAAAUGAAACAAUCGUCUCUAGGUCUGGCUGCCAAUGGUGUUGUUGUCACGCCUCACCGACCCAACAUCCUCUGGCACUUUGUGGAGACUAGUAACAUCAUUCGAGAUAUCUACAGAGAAGAGUCUUUCCAAGCAUUGUUCAGAGGUCUUGGUCCUACGCUAGUGGGCGUAAUCCCAGCGCGUUCUAUCAAUUUCUUCGUAUAUGGCAACGGCAAGCACGUCAUCGCGACUCAAUUCAAUCACGGGCGGGAGAACUCGUACGUGCACCUCAGCGCAGCCGCGGUCGCGGGCAUCGCGACUAGCACCGCGACAAAUCCGAUAUGGGUAGUCAAGACGCGCUUACAACUCAGCCAGUCAUCUGGACAACCUAUCGUUGGUGGAUCCUGGGAGACGAUUAAGCAGAUCUACCGAGGAGAGGGCAUCCGUGGAUUCUACAAGGGCUUGAGCGCGAGCUACCUAGGCGUCACUGAGGGCACGAUACAGUGGACACUCUAUGAGCGGCUCAAGCUCCUCACAGCCGGCACGCAGGGCAAGGGGGGCGUGCAGGAGUGGUUAGGCAUGCUGGGCAGUGCAGGAACUGCGAAAUGUGUCGCCAGUCUGAUUACGUACCCGCAUGAGGUCAUACGAACACGACUUCGACAACCACUUGUUGAUGGUAAGGUCAAAUAUCACGGCCUCAUCCAGACGCUACGACUCGUCAUUGCGGAGGAGGGCGUCCGUUCGCUAUAUGGAGGGCUGAGCGCACACCUGAUGCGCGUCAUCCCUAAUGCUGCGGUAAUGUAUUCUAUUUAUGAAGCCGCGCUUAGGUGGUCAUAAUCGAGCCCGUCGUCUCUCUUGGGUUGCGGCCGUCCGCGACUGGCGUCCUCCUUACCCGUAUAAUACUCUCGUUUACGACACCACGCAUAGACCCAUCCCCAUUCACGCAUCUAGGUCGAAAAGUAAUCCUACGUGAUAUGCACUAUAAUGCACACUUACAUUCUUGUAUGAUACCCGUAGAGUCGUUAUUUGAACGAAGGGCUUUAGCUCUGUGUAGUGCAUUUCAUGCCACCGCUCUCACAAAGGGCCUUUCUCUG